AUGGAAAGGUUCGGUAGGGAGAGGGCGGGCAGGAGAGCAGAAGGUAACGGCGCUGACCUGUUGGGAGACUGGAUAGGGGAACUUCUGUUGGCGGUACAGCAACUCUCCGAUAGGGUGGGCGCCUUGGAGGCCAGAGAAUCUGGCAUCGCUGGUCUGAGGCCCCAGAUUGACGGCAUAGAGAGGAUCAUCAAGGAAAUCCUCAUGGGCGGAACAGCUGACAUGGAGACCCGGAUGGAUCUUGCCGAGCAGGCUGUUUGGAGCGCUUUUGACGAAGUGGAGCGCCUCAACCACGAAGUGGAGUGGAUGGAAGAAGAAAUCAACAAUAAAGCACGGAUCGCCGGUCUGCAGAGCCUCAUCCAAGCGCUGGAGAUGAAGAUUGCUGAGCAAGACGCCCGGCUCGCUCAACAAGCUAUCCGUCUCAAAAUCCUGGAAGACACGAGCUACAACGGGGAGCUUCUGUGGAAGAUUUCGGGCAUGGCACAAAAGCGCCACGAUGCGAUAAUUGGCAAGAUCACAGCCAUCGAUUCCGUCUACUUCUUCACCAGCCGUACGGGAUACAAGAUGCGCGCCCAGGUGUACCUGAACGGGUACGGCAGAGGCGAGGACACACACAUCAGUGUGUUCUUCGUCAUGAUGAAGGGAGAAUACGACGCAAUUCUGCCCUGGCCAUUCCGUCAGAAGGUGACCUUCGCCCUUCUCGAUCAGGAGCGCCAAGAGGACGUGACGGACUCGUUCCACGCCGGUGCCUACCCGACCAGCCCGUCCUUCGCACGUCCCGGCGGCGAGGAGAACCUGCCCUGCGGGACCCCCGACUUCGUACCGCUGGAGCAGGUGUACAACAGCGGUCGCGCCUACGUCCGGGACGACACCAUGUUUCUCAAGAUCACCGUGGGCACGGCUGGGCUCAUCUAA